GCUACAAUUUAAAAACGGGUGACCAAAUAAUGAAUUACGUGCUAAAUUUUGAUUUAAUGCUGGUUGAAAUUGAACUGGAAAAAGAGGAUGUUUCAAGCUCUUCAGUAUCAGUGAGAGUUAUUGUGACAGCAGGGCGUGUCAACCAGAUUACCACCACGUGUUCAGAGGGUAAUCCAUCUCCAAACAUUGAUGUUGUGGAUUCUGAAAUUGUGGUUGUUUUUUGUAAUGGAACCCGACCAAGCAAUAAUGUGACAGUCAACGUAUCUGCGUCGUAUCUUGAAAUUUUAGCUACCGCCUCGGUGACCAUAACAACAAAAACAAGCCCGGCAACAUUAAAGGAGCAAUUUACAAAUAUGACUGCUGGAAUCGCCUCAUGGUCACUUCCUCUAGACGAAAUUGCAGACGAUUUUAACGUGAGUUGCUCAGAAGGAUCGGUUGCUCUACUAGACAAGAAUGGCACUCACGGAGCAGCCAUAUGCCAUGACCUUGUACCAGGCUCAACAGUCAUCAUUACUGUCAAUUCUGUAACGGAUUCUGAGUAUGGAAUGCCUGCAAGUCUCAACAUACAGUUAGACCCGGACGUUGUGACGUUCACAAAUCGCACAUCUUCAUUGGAUUCGAUAUCUGUCGCAUGGGAAAUGAGAACUGGUUUCGCUUCAAAAUUCGUUGUUAAUUGUUCAAGUGGAGUUCCAGCUUCAUCAGUCAUAGACGCGGUUGUUGGUUCGGCCAGUAUAGAAUGCUCUUGUUUAAACCCAUUACAAAUAGUGAACGUAACCGUGAUUGCUGUCGCCAACUCCAAGCAGGGUUUACCAGCAUCAGAAAUCGUUUCAACAGGUACUGUAGGGCUUACUCCGAAAACCGAGAAAAAAAACCGAGCAUUGCUCGGUAAUAUCUUCCAAACUUUAAUUGAAAUACGAUCACGCAUCGAAUGUCAGAGUUUCUGUGCUCAAACCAACGAAUGCAAGUCCUACAACUACGCCAGUAGCCUGAAGGUUUGCCAACUCAACAAUGUCACCAAGGAGGACACAAAUGCUGCUAACUUUCAGGAAACUGGCGACUACAUAUAUGCAACUUUGAAGCAUGAUAAUGCGUGCACGAGUAAAGACUGCUGUUUAGAUCCCACAACAAACAAAUCUAAGGACAAGUAUUGUUACAUUCAAAUUGAACUGGAAAAGGAGGACGCAUCAAGCUCUUCAGUGUCAGUAAGAGUUAUUGUGACAGCAGGACGUGCCAACCAGAUUAACACCACGUGUUCAGAGGGUGAUCCAUCUCCAACUCCUGAUGUUGUGGAUUUCUCUGAAAAUGUGGUGGUUUCUUGUGAUGGAGUCCGAUCAAGCAGGAAUGUGACAGUCAGUGUGUCCGUGGCGUAUCUUGACACGAUCUCGGUCACCAACUCAGUGACUAUUAAAUCAAAAACAAGUCCGCCAACAUUAGAAGAACAAUUUACAAACAAGACUGCUGCAGUCGCCCACUGGUUUCUCUCUCCAGACGAAUUUGCAGAUAAUUUCAUUGUUAAUUGCUCAAAAGGAUCAUGGACUGUACUAGAAAAGAAUAACUUUCAAGGAAGAGUCAUGUGUCAUGAUCUUGAGCCAGGCUCAACCGUCAACAUUUCUGUCACUCCUGUAUAUGAUUCUGAGCCCGGAGAGCAUGCUAGCCUCAACAUACACUUAGAGCCUGACGUUGUCGAGUUCACAAGUCAGACAUCUUCAUUGGUUUCGAUAUCUGUCGAAUGGGAAAUUAGAUCUGGGUUUGCUUCAGAAUUCGUCGUUAAUUGUUCAAGUGGAGUUCCAGUUUCAUCUGUCGUAGACGCAGCUGAUGGCUCUGGUAGCAUGGACUGCUCUGGUUUAACACCAGGGGUACAGGUAGAAGUAACGGUGGUUGCUGUCGUCAACUCAAAGCAGAGUUUACCUGCAUCAGAGAUUGUUUCAACAGAUGGCACUGUUAAUAUAACACUGGUCGAAGAUGUUGCAACCAAUACAACAACCAUAGUCGCCAAGAUGACGUCAAAUGCGCCACCAACUAGUGUGUAUAAAGUGCUUUGUUCAACUGGAGACCCGUUUCCUACACAGUUUAAGGAUGCUGAAACGACGACCGUAUAUUGUAUUGGUGUAAAUGCUGGACAAAGUGCUAAUUUGAGUGUUGAAGCAUUUUAUGGUAACUGGUCUGUAGGUUCUGUGUGGAUAUCUAUUUCAACCGUACCGGAAGAGGUUGUCUUUGAGCCUAUAAACGAUUACACUAUAUAUAAAGAGAUGCUUGGUGAAACACCAUUCGCUGCGACUACUUGGAAUUUAAGAUCAGGAAUUGCCGAUUCUUUCCUAAUCACGUGUUCGGAUGGUCAAACUCUUGAAGAUGAUAGCUUCCAAAAUAUAUUACGCAUUGGAAUCUGUAGUUUACCCUCAAAUACUACAUUAGAAUCAAUCAACAUCACCGUCGAAGCUAAACGUGGGGAUAAAAUUGGAAGGCCAGCAGCCAUUACUGUAUCAGUUAUCAAAAAUGAUGUCACGAUUUCCACUGGUGAAAUUAGUGAAGCUUCGAACGGGUCAACAGCAUCAGAGGUCGUUCUAACAGCUCCUAUAUUGACAUCAUGUGAUGCCCUCAAGAUAGCCGGUUUUGAUAAUAAUGGUACCUAUCUCAUUGAUCCUGAUGGUCCGAACGCUGGAUUGGAUCCGUUUUCGGUAGACUGUGACAUGACGUCAGACAUAAUAAAAGGUUAUACUACAAUCCACCACAACAAAGAAGAAGACGGUAAUGUAAACAAUGCAGAGAGCCCGUGUAGUUUUAAAGUUAAUAUUACUUACGAUCUUGAUUUAAGUCAGAUAUAUGCUGUCAAAAAUAUUUCAUCUUCAUGCAGACAAUUUAUUAAGUAUGCAUGUAUUGGAACAUGCUUUCACGGGAGCAGCAAAACAUAUCAUUAUUGGACCUCAGUUGAUGGCGAAAUGAUGGUAAACUGGGGAGGUGUUCCAACGGGAACUAAAGGAUGUGCCUGCGGUUUGACGAGUACUUGUGACAAGAAUGAGAUGUGGUGCAAUUGUAAUGUUAACGAUAGUGAGCUCCGUAUGGACCAGGGCUACCUUACCGAUAAAACAAAAUUACCUGUUUCGCAGCUGUGCUUCGGAGAUACAGGCCAAUCUAGUGAGAGUGGCGUCUACACACUUGGUCCAUUGCAAUGUGCAUAGAAUGGAUAUGGGCAUAUCACAUUUUUCAAAUAAAAUUUGAUAGAUAGUAUAUACAACAGCCAUGCAGUUUGCAGGCAAAAUGAUACAAUAUUUUGUAUUUAUAUAAACUGUUGAAUUAAGUAAAAAUGGAAUUAAAGAUUUAAAAUAGUAUAGAAUAGAAGUUGAAUUUUAAAAUUGUAUCACAAUGCCUUUAAAUAAGUUCGUUACCAUUUGAUUGUUGAAAAUAAUUUUUUUUAAAUAGGUAAAAAAAAUCUAUGUGUAUAAUUAAAUUACAUCUGAAAUGUUAGACUAAUUAUUAUCUGUUUAAGACUGUGAAAGUCGAUGAUUUAAUUAAGAAAUGACGACAUCGUUUUUAUUCUGACAUCUUAUCCUCGAUCAGGUACUAAUUUAAUAUAAGGCUGCCGCUCAAGUGCACACACACUUAGCCACACUGGAAGUCAAUUCAAAGAAUGCAUUAUUGUUAACGGCAUGAACCUGUAAAACGUAUGGCUACAUAUUGAAUAAAUAUUUGUAAUUUUAAAUUCUAUGAAAGUGUCGUCUUAUCUUACAUAUUCAAUGUAUACAGAUACAUUUACAAGAUAUCAAUCGUGAUCAAAAUAGCUGCCGAUGUAGGAUGCCCGAGGCAAUAAAUACAAUUCAAUAGAAAUAGAGGGCAAUAUAAUUCGAUAUUCUACAUUGUAUACACCCUGUUUGUUUAUCAAUUGAAUAAGAAAUAUUGAGUAAAUGAUAUACAAGACUUAUAAUGUUUGUUCUAUUACGUACAAACUAGUUUAAUAAACUUACAUUUUGAACAGAUUCAUGAUGGAAUAUUUGACAAGCAAAUUUGAUAUAGGCCAAUUAAUGAUGGAUAGUUUAUUUGCCAAUCGAUACACGCACUUUCUCAAAACUUUUCUCCUACUUUUGCUAAUGGGAUGAUUAUGAAUAACAACUUAUUUCAGUUUAAAAAUCAGCCUUUUAUUGUUCAAAUACCUAUUUCAUUAGAGUGUUCACUGUCAGCAGAUACUGUAUAAUUUUAUGAGAAAUCAACAUUUGGUUUGUGGAGGAAGAGAAUAAUGGGAGAGAUGUAGAUAAAUUAAAAUAGAAUAUCGUUAAAAACAA